AUGACUGCCGUUUUAAGAAAGUUACUACCUUUAGCAUCACCGAUUCCUAAAAAAGAUGAUCACGAUAAUAUUAGUAGUGACGACAGUAAUAGUUUUCAAAUUGAUUAUUCAUUCGCUAACGAGUAUAAAGGUCCUCUUAUUGCUAAUCUCCCACGAGCUGAUCCUGUCGAAAUCGACCAGAUUCCGACAGCUCUUCCCGUUUCCUUCUCUUCCUUGUCUCCUGCUGUGUCUUACCCUGUGGUCCAACCACUCGUUAAGGUCACCAAGAAGAAGAAUAAGAAGAACGGUUCGGUUGAGUCUGUAGCUUGUCCUAGUGUGGUCUUAAAGCCGCAUCAUGUGGUUUCUGGCUCGUCAUCAUCAUCAUCAUCAUCUGGUGAAGUAAGAGAGGUAUCAUUAGAAGAAGGAAAUGAAAACCGUGUGAGAUUCCUUGUACCAAGUGAAGAUAGUGAAGAUGAUGAGAGCUCUUACUUUUACGAUGGGGAGAGUGUAGCAGCUCCAACGCCUAGAGCUGAGAGGAAAGGUAAAAAAGGGUCGUGCUACCGAUGUCUGAUGGGGAACAGGUUCACUGAGAAGGAAGUCUGUAUUGUUUGCCACGCCAAGUAUUGUUGCAGCUGUGUGAGGAGAGCCAUGGGUGCUAUGCCUGAAGGAAGAAAGUGUGUGACUUGUAUUGGUCUAAGUAUUGAUGAGUCCAAGAGAGGGAGUCUUGGGAAGGGUUCAAGAAUGCUGAAGCGUGUUCUCACUGAUUCAGAGCUUAAACAAGUCAUGAGUGAUGAGAUCUCUUGCAGGGCGAAUCAGAUGCCUUCGCGGCUUAUCGCUGUUAAUGGGAAGCCUUUGAGUGAAGAUGAGCUUUUCAUGUUGCAGAAUUGUCCAAAUCCACCUAAGAAGCUUAAACCUGGAGACUAUUGGUAUGAUAAGGUUGCUGGAUAUUGGGGAAAGGUAGGAGAGAGACCUUGCAAGAUUAUAAGUCCUGAUAUGAACAUAGGAGGUAGUCAGAUCAAGAAGGAAGCAAGCAAUGGUGACACUGAGAUUUGCAUUAAUAACCGGGAAAUAACCAAGACUGAGCUCAUGAUGCUCAAGAUGGUGGGGGUGCAGUGUGAAGGAAAGCCUCAUUUUUGGGUCAAUGCAGAUGGAAGUUAUCAAGAAGAAGGUCAGAACCGUGUCAUGGGGAACAUUUGGAAUAAGAAAAGAGCUAGGAUUGCUUGUGCUCUGUUCUCUCUACCAAUUCCUCCGGCUUCAUCUGCAGUUGAACCAAAUGUUGAGCCCAUAUCUAAUAAGAAAGUGCUUAGCAAGCUUCUUCUGGUUGGUAACGACACAUGUGGAGCCACUACUAUUUACAAACAAGCAAAGUCUCUCUAUGGAACCCCAUUCUCUGAAGACGAGCGUGAAAGAAUCAAAUUCAUAAUCCAAACAAAUCUAUAUUCUUAUCUGGCAGUGGUUCUUGAGGCACACAAAAGAUUUGAAGAUGAGAUAAACAAUAACCAGUCCUUGGACCAAACAGGAGAUGAGAUCACUGCAACUGUUAGCUCAAUCAACCCGAGACUAAAGCAUUUUUCAGAUUGGCUUCUGAAAGAGAAGGAAGAUGGAAACCUCAAGAUAUUCCCAGCAUCAAGCCGAGAGAAUGCACAAACCGUUGCAGAUCUAUGGAGAGUACCAGCCAUUCAAAACACUUACAAGCAACUUCGUGAUACACUUCCUAGAAACGCUGUUUAUUUUCUUGAACGAAUUCUUGAGGUCUCGAGAUCAGAGUACGAACCUUCUGAUAUGGACAUAUUGCAAGCGGAAGGAAUCUCUUCUAUGGAAGGGCUUUCUUGUGUGGAGUUCUCAUUCCCCUCAACCACUCAAGAUGUCUCUCUUGAUACCGAUGAUCAACAUGAUCCAAACAUGAAGUACCAACUCAUCCGGUUAAAUCCAAGAAGGCUUGGAGAAAACUGGAAAUGGCUGGAGAUGUUUGAAGAUGCUGACUUGGUGAUAUUCUGCGUCUCUCUAACAGAUUAUGGAGAGUACAUACAAGAUAAUGAUGGGGUUUUUGUGAACAAGAUGAUAGCAAACAAGCAACUCUUCGAGAGAAUGGUGACUAACCCGAGCCUAGCUAACAAAAGGUUCCUUCUAGUUCUAACAAAAUUUGAUCUCUUGGAAGAGAAAAUCGAGGAGGUUCCUCUAAGAACAUGUGAGUGGUUCAAAGACUUCAACCCGUUGAUCAGCCAGAACCAGACGAGCAGACAUAACCCUCCGAUGGCUCAGCGUGCUUUCCAUUACAUUGCAUAUCAGUUCAAGAGACUGUAUGAAUCAAUUGUUGGACCCUUCUCGAUGCGUGGAAGAACGUUUAAGCCAAAGCUGUUCGUUUCUCAUGUGAGCUUGGAGAGUGAUACUGUGGACAAUGCACUGAUGUAUGCGAGAGAGAUUCUCAAGUGGCAUGUUGAAGAAACGUCUAUGAACCAAGAAACGUCCACUACUAGCAUGGAUGCUAGCUUAUCUACUUGA